ACCAGUGUAACUGAAGCCUCUUGAUCCAACUGUGGAUGAGGGUUGUCUCUGAAAUGUGACAGUUGUGACGUCACACACCAGUCCCCUCAGCUCAGCUCAGUUCACACUCAUUCCUCCAUGAGGCGGCGCAGACGCAGGAUCAUGAGGUGCGUAAACUGGUCUGGGCUCCUCUUCCAUCCUCAUCAUCCUCAUUUUCCGGUCGAGGAAUGAUGUCCAACAACAGCUCGGCCGUGGUGGGGGACGUGGUAGACGUGGGGGACUACACCUGCGUGCGUUUCUACGUGUCCACCGUGUCCUUCUCGGUGCUGCUCUUCUUCAACCUCAUCAUCAACUGGACCAUCGUGCGCGAGGAGAGUCUACGGACCCACGCGCGCUUCGUGCUGGUCUUCCACCUGCUGGUGUCCGCCCUCGUGCACCUGGGCACGAGCAGCGUCUUCUACUACCAGAUCCACCGGAAGGCGCACCCGGGUCGGUCCGUGUGUCUGCUCAUGAUCACGGUGCUGAUCAGCAGCGCGUCCAACAUCCUCCUGACGCUCACGGUGAUGGCGCUGGACCGCUACUGCGCCGUGUGCCACCCCAUGCGCUACACGGCGUCGUGCACUUCGGGGCUGUGGCCGUGGAUGCUGGGGGUGCUCACCUGGAUGGUGGCCCUGCUCAUCCCCCUCAGCCUGCCGGACUCCCACCAGCCCUGGACGGGCUCCCACUCUGGGGAAUGCGGCCCGGAGCAGCUGCGUAAAGGCCAGCUGCAGAAGGUUGUGUUCCUGUCCCUGUGCACCCUGGUCAUCCUCUACAGCUACAUCCGCAUCCUCAUGGAGGGACGCCGCCUAGGGGUGCUCAACAGGCGGAACCGGGCCGGGUGCAGGACCAUCGCCCUCCACGGAAGCCAGCUGGCGGUCUACCUCCUGCCCAACUUCGUCAACUAUUUCCUGACGGUUCUGUCCAAACGGCACCAGAUCCAGCCGCAGACCAAGGAGCUGUCGGCCGUGGUCAUAUUUGCGUUUUUCAGCUUGGCGCAGUGCAUUGCGCCAGUUGUUUACGGUUUGCGUAAAGAGGAACUCCUGGUGCAGCUGAGUCACAGGUUCCCCUGCUGCGCCACAUACCUGAAGAGUGUACUGGGAUGGACUGUGCACGCAAAGUGGACUCAGAACCAGCACAAAUCCAGCAGGGAGCGAACGCUGACGGCUCAGACCAUCAUCUCCUUAGAGGUCCCUCAGGUCCCAAAUGAAGAGGAGGAGGAAGAAGAGGAGGAAACUGGUCGGGUCAUGAGUUCCUCACAUGAUUCACAGUCAUGUCAAGGCGAUAUGGACGAUGUGUGAUGAGGAAAAACUGGGUCAGCAGGAGCAUUUGGGUCAGGUCGGACAGGAACCACCGAGACUGUUUACACCCGAAUGUGAAACCCUGUCACAUGAGGAUGUUUCCAUUUUGCUCUAAUUUUGACUUGGAAUAUAUUUCAGCAGUGAGAGACUGUUUGGCUUCAGGUCGAUUCUUUCCUGGAUUUUCCUGGCUGGUCCAGGAUUAAGUCUCCUCUGGCUUGGAUUCUACAGACAUUCAUACGUUAUGGAUUAAGAACCUGGAAAUGAGGAUAUAAUUUAACUUAUAUGUGGAUGCACACUGCUGACUGACAACCAAACAGCUUAAAACCAAAAAUAACAUUCAUUAAGUGAGCUUAACCCUCAAGGGGUCUCCUGACUUUACUGUAUUUAUAUUUUUUUGUACUUCAUAUUCUAGCAGUUCACAACAAAACUCAAGCCAUUAAAGCACCAGUUUUACUUUUUUUAUAAGAAUGGAUGAAUUUACUCUGGAAUUUUGGGUGUUUUUAAAGUAAACUCAGAACUGACACAAGUUUGUAGAAACGUGUGCCAAGAUAUUUUAGGUAAUCCAAAUGAAUUCAGCUCAACUCAGGUCUUUAUUGUCCCUCAUGGGUAAAACAUAUUUUGCAGAAACAUGGACACAACAAGAAGGACAUUAAACACUAGAAUAAAACAUAUGACUGUUAAAUGAUCCAUUAGAAAAGAUUUGAGUGCAGCAAAGCUUUGAAAAUAAGGAUCAAAUACAAAUCUGACUUUACCUGAGCAGUUAACAGAUAUUUAUUGCCUCAACCAUCCCAGUGUUUUAAGAAACAAAACGCUGGGAAUUAAAGCUACAGAACGUCAUAGGUGUUUCCAUAUGCUCUGAAUAUCCAAACAACUCAGUAGUGAAAUCACUGAAAUGCUGAGAAUCUCUACUGAGUGCUUCUGAAAUAUGAAAUAUUUCAGAACUUUAUCUCAGGUUUAACUAGGUUUGGCUGGGUUAUUAUAGAUAAAUAAUCAUCUAUAAAGCAGCAUCACCAAUCCCCGACCCCAUAAUAUUCAACAUUAAAUGACAAAAAGAAAAAUGUCACUGCAACACUUGUCUAUGGUUCUGUUUAAAAGGGUCUUUCUGCAUGUUUUGGAAGCAAUUUUAUUAAACUUUAUGUAUGAAAUGA